GUGGUAUAUACUGGUCAUCGGGUCAGAUUUGCCCAUACCAUGGCUGCAGAUUAUACAUAAUAAUUCCAAUAAAUCUCGCAUGGGUCUCUUUCCCGAGUCGCGUUUAAUCGAUAUUAUGCAAAAUUAAUUGAGCCCAUAAAAUCAAAAUUUCCACAUUUUAUCUCUAACCAAUUAAACCAAUUGGAUUCGCAGUGUGAUUUGUGCUUGUUCAAGUGUACGUGGAUUAAUUUUCUGGGCGGAUUUUGCACGUACAAAAGAAAGUUUUCCUCGGGUUGGAUGGAUAUAUUUACUUUGUUCUUUUAGACGCCCAUAAAUUUGGAGAGGAGGAAAGUGCAUGGUAUGGUGUGGAUAAGUGAUUAUUCGAUAACGACGAUGGCGCAAUAAAUAAUUAUAUUUCUGAGGAUAAAACCAAAUCCGUCGUUACGGUAUUUUCGUCCCCAAACUGCGGAUAAACUGCGGCGUCGAACCCUUCUCCCUGUCUGAAUUGUUGGUUGGUAACCUUCAGGUUUUUUAUGGUGGGAGGGCCGCACAUAAAUUAUGUCGGGUUGGUUACGCUGCGGGUAUGAAAAUCGGUCUGCUGGAAAAAUAGGGAUAUAUUUCUGCCUGAAAGAAUUCUACAAGAAAAGUUAAGGCGGAAAAAUUAUCCAGAAUUUUAUAAAGUUCGACAUGUCUCAUCUGCAAAGAGAACCUGAUUUUAGAGAAAAAUGUGCAAAAUUGGGCAAUUUUUCUGCCUAAAAGACGCCCAGAAUCCUCCAGAAGUGGACACAUAAGUAAUUUCUGCAUGAUUCAUUCCACAGAAAAAUAUAUUUACACUCUGCAGAAAAGUUUAGGCCGAAAAAUUGUCCAAAAUUUUACAGAGUCUGAUUCUAUCGAAAAAUGUGCCAAUUUUCGCAAAUUGUCGUAAGCUGUACCCCUCGCCGCCGGUAGCGUUAAUUUUAAAGGGGGACCGAUUGCGCGACAUAAUUUAAGGACGGCCCUUAAUAAUCUUACCAUCUAAUCCGUCCCCAUUAUACGGAAGGAGGAGAGGGAAAGUUUUGUCCAAAUUGGCCGAGUGCCCUUCUCCCUCUAAACCCACGGGCGAAUUUCCCUUCCAGACCGCCCUGCAUAAAGGACGUGAGCCUGGUGAUAUCUCUAAUUUGACUAGGGCUUGGUGGAAUCAAAGCGUUAGAAUUGACGCCAUGCUUUGCGCACGGUCCUAGAAGACGGGAAGGAUUAAUUCCUCUAGGCCAAGUUUGCUGGGUGUGCAAAAAAUAACUGUGCAAAAUCAAGAGAAAGGAAGUGAAAGUGAAGGAAAGAGAGAGAGAAAGUUUCGUGUUUGUCUUCUUCCCAGACUGGAUUUGGAUGAAGGCACGAUCGACAUAGAAUAAGAUGGUCCUGCUCCUCGACUUGUUGGGAGUCUUGUUCAUCUCGGGCGUCAUAAAUGAGCAGGCCGAGGACGAGGCUGGGCUGGGACGAGCACAAAACCGAGUCAAGAACGGCUUCAAGUAUUACUCCAACAGAAAAGGGUCACGCGUGCUGGAGGUCGAUCAGGAAAAUCGCUGCCACGUCUUUGACAAUGGGCAUGCUGAAUGGCUUCAUCGCACGAGGCCCGGUCAAAUCGCAACCCUGAAUUACAUCCAGUUUGAACUUAUCUUAGAAAAGUGUGACCUUGACACGAGGAAGCGUGGCGUUGAUGUCAACGAAACGACUCGUGGUCAAUUUCGGGAUGAGAACGACCUCAAUCGUGACAUCUUCAUGAACAUGUUGAACGAAAGUAGGAGCAGUGGGGGCGAUGGCGGUGGUGGUGGGGGCGGCUUCUUGUCCGACUUUCACUCCCAAGUUAUGCUCUUCAACGAGUCGGACGUCUCCAUUUUCAUGGACGAGAAGAAUAACAGCACGGACAAUUCCAAUUCGUCGUCGUCUUCUGGAAGUCCGCUCAUUUUCCCAGGGACGAAAUGGUGCGGCCGGGGGGACAUUGCCCGAUCGAGUGAUGAUAUUGGAAUUUAUGCUGAGACGGACAAAUGCUGCCGAGAACAUGACCACUGUCCAGAGAACAUUGUGGCGAGAACGGCCCGAUAUGGGUUGGAGAAUAAAGGCGACUACACCAGAUCGCAUUGCUCAUGUGAUGAAAAAUUCCUUCGGUGUUUGGAAAAGGAUCGCUCGAUUAUAAGCGCUCUGACGAGUUUUAAAAUCGCAAAUUUGUACUUUAACAUCCUGCAGCCGGAGUGUUUCGACCGUCGCCAUCCGACCGUGGCGUGCAGGGAGAGGAGGUUGUCGGGGGACUGUAUCUCUUACCAGUACGAUUUCCAGCAGCCCGCAGCCUACCAAUUUUUCCCAGCGCAGCCCUACAUCCUCCGCCAGGCCAAGAAGCUCUACAACUCGAUCCUCUACAGAAACAGUAACGUUGACCUUGCCCGCGUCCUCCCCACGGGGGUCCCACUCCCGGAUUUGACCCUCCUCAAACAGGGCGCAGCCUCCAUUCCGGGCGAAAUUGGGUCCAUUGGGACCAGUGCGGGACAAGCCUUCACCAAUAUUUUAGGCAAAAGGGACAGAUAACGGAUAAAUGCCAGGUUUCAGAAGAAAAUCCUUGUUAUUUAUUAAGAGAGAAAUAAAUGUUAAUAAUUUGUUAAUUAUUAUUAAACAUAGUAAAUUUUUAAAAAAAUUGUUGAAACAGUUUUUCCAACUGUUUUUGUCAAUGUUGGCAUAAAAUUGACCAAAUUUUGUAGUUAAAACUUUGCCCUAGUUAUUUAUCACUGGAGAAAUAAAUUGUAAUCAUUUGUUAAUUAUUGUUAAAUAAAUAAAUAAAUAAAAUAUGAAA